UAAUCUGAAGAGUUUUGUGUGUUUGUUCUACCUUUAUGGUCUGUUAUAAUUGCCUUUGGGACGUGAACCUUAUGGCAAACGGAAAACAAAGCACAGUGAAGCUCCGAUUCAUUCUUUUGUUACUCCACUUCUCAGCUAUCACAGUUCAUUCUCUUUUGCCAGAUAGAGAAGUAGAAGUCGUCAAUUCAAAGUGGUCAAACGUUCCGGUAGCUGUUAGGCACGUUGAAUUCAUUGGAACCGCAGACAACGGCACGUUGGAUUGUUUCAUUCCUGGCUUCUCUGAGUAUCGAUGGGAUCUCAUCAAUAAAGCCAGCGCGGGACCAUUCUCUGAAUCCACAAGCCUUGUCUUAAAUGAUCAAAUCAAGGAGCAUCAAAGUAUCAUAAGAAUCGGUAAAGGUGGUUUUCCAAUGGCAACUGAGAUGUUAGUUGUCUCUUGCGAGGUAAUGGUGAACAAGCGACCGAGAUUUCAGAUUAUCUGGGUCGUAACUCGGCUUCACUCGCCUCUGGGAUAUCCGACCGAUCCUAGGAUAUGUAUUUUCAACGUAAAGAGGUACUUUUACAGAACUUGCGAUGAUUACAAAUGGUGGUAUAACACAGACUGUUAUUACGGUAAAGGAGAAGACUAUAAAGGAGAUGCUUAUCAGACAAAGAGUAACCCACCCAGUAAAUGUCAGUAUUGGUUUCAGGAUCGUCCUAACUCCGACAGCAGUGAUUACAAUGUAGACUAUGAUAAGGAACACAGAUACUGCAGGAAUCCAACCGGAGAUCACAGCCCAUGGUGCAUCACAACCUCAACUAAAUCUAGUUUACGGAAACAGUUCUGUGUUGUACAAGAAUGCUCGGAGUGCAUGUAUGGAAACGGGGACGGAUACUUCGAUCUCUAUGAUGAAUAUCAUGACGAUAUCAACUGGAGGCAGAUGUUCCCAAAAUAUAAGGGUCGAGUGAUUGCGACUCUCAAGGAGGACGAGAAAGGUUUGCCACGAUUGUGCAUGUCUGGUAAAGGAUGGGAAUCAAAUCUAUGCCGUCCAAGAAAGGACAAAAAGACACCGCAUUGCUUAGUUGCUAGUGAAAAGUCUCACGAGGCUCUUAUAAAGGACGACGACGACAGCAGGCUGGAGUUAGUUGAGUGCAGGAUUCCACAGUGCACUGUAAGACAGGUUUGGUUCUUGUUUUUCAAUUCGUUUGGGCGACCAUACCUCAAAGAGUCCAACGUGGAAGCGGUGGAGAUAAUCUUGGUGAACGGGCGAAAGAGCGAGAUAAUCAAAUUUGGAGCAUUUGGCAUUCACAAGGCCAGUGGCCUUAGCAUCACCUCUGAUGUAUCACGAUUGGUUAGGUUUGCUCAAUCGUUCACUUUAACCGCAAACGUUCCACCAAACAAAUUAAGCACAAUAGAAAUAAAAAACGUGAAAAAGGAUUACAGUGGAAAAUACCAAGUACAGUACACCUUCGAAGAAGGAAAUCCGAAAAUUCAGCAGAGCACUUUCAAAGCGAAUUUCAAACUUGACGUGCGGGAUCCAAUGAAGUUGUCGGUGAUUCCCAGUGUUUUACCACUUUGCAAAGGGGAACGAGGCAGUUUGAAAGUUCAAGUGUCUGGAGGUUUCAAACUCUUGGAAGAAAGUAUUACAUGGAAAUAUGGGGCUUCAGAGAAGAGAAUUACAAAAAAAAUAUCUCUCGAGGACCCAGUGUUUGAACUGUCGGCUGACUUAAAGAAAAUAACCAUCAAGGAGAUUAAAAGAGACACUUGGAUCAGACUGACAAUUAAACCUUGCUCUACAGAACAACCGCAUCUUAUCGCCAAAUCGCCUAUACAAGUCUUCACCCAGCCAGGCAAUGAAAUUUCCCUGUCAGUGGAGACUGAAAAAGGCUUGAAAACUACCUGGACUUACGAUGCACUUGAGAUUCCUGAAAUUCCCGAUGACCCGGAUAUGGGAUUUCAACGAACCCUAGCAAAGGACAGAAUAUCAGAAAUUCUUGUGAUUAGUUCGGUAGACUGGAGGCACUUUGGAAUCUACGUUGUUGAGACGGAGAAAAAAGGCUGUAAAGCGACUGUGACAUUUCAUGUACAGCAAGACCAAGGUGAACGAUUUGUGAUAGUCUGACCUUUGUCUAAAUUGUUUUUAUGCAGUUAACAGUUCAAUUUUGAUAACUCAAUAUUGCCGGGCGUUUCGCUCUCAGACCUCUCAGAGCAAAUACUCAUGCAAGUUUAAUAAGAUCCCAGAUUUCAACAUCAGUCAUGCAUGCAUGGGUGAAGCUAUAGAAUGUGAGCACUCAAAUGAAUACCAAUACGCAGUACUUUCAUGUUUUUUUU